UUAGAUAUAUAGUUCAAGUGGAGACCUCCUUAGAUUUAAAUAGAGAGGUAUAAUUUCCUUAGUAUUCUGUUGAAACAAUGUACAUCAAUUUUUGGCAUAGAGUUACAGUAUCACUUCAAAGUAUGUAAAGAUACUGGUAGCAAUGAAGAAAUUUCAUUUAUGGGAUAUAAUUCAACUUAGUAAUUGGCCAUUAUUUGAAGUAUACUAGUAUUAUAAAACCUAGUUGUCAGAUAACCUCCAUUAUUUAAUUUAUUUACCUAUUUAAUUAUUUUUCAUCAGGAACACCACCCUUCACUGGGCCAGACCCCAUGAAGACCUACAACUCAAUCCUCAAAGGAAUAGAUGCGGUAGAGUUUCCUAGAAAUAUCACCAGGACAGCCAAUGCUCUUAUAAAGCGCCUGUGUAGAGACAACCCAGCUGAGCGUCUGGGAUACCAGCGAGGAGGAAUUAAGGAUAUACAGAAGCACAAGUGGUUUGAAGGAUUCUAUUGGGAUGGCCUACAAAACCGCACCCUCAAUCCUCCCAUCGUGCCAACUGUGCGUUCUGUUGUUGACUGCAGCAACUUUGAUGAAUAUCCUCCAGAUAAUGAUGGACCACCCCCAGAUGACACUUCAGGCUGGGACUUUGAUUUUUAAAACUUAUCACUGUGAGGACACCAGUGCCUGAAGACAAUCUAUAGUUAUAUAUGCAAAUAUAUAUAUAACACUAAUUUCACCUUUGAGGUUAAUGUUGAUAUUUUGUAAGAGUUUUUAUCAUCAAGAAGAGUAAAUAUGAGAGGAUUUCUAACUCUCAGCAAGAUGGAUUGUGUUGUCUCAAAUGUUUUCCCUAGCACAGUCCCAAAUUUGUGUAUCCAUGAGCUGUGACAAACCUAUUACUACCAUUUUUACUAAAGCAAAUAGUGCAGAAGAUAGUUCUGGCUACCUCUUGGAAUUCAUUGAUAUUUCAUGAGAGAAGAGAGGCAGCACAGAAGAGUAGAAAAGAGAAGGGAAGAAAACAGAAGAGGACAGAAGAGGAAAGAACAUCUUUAUCACCAGUGACUAAUGUUAAUUGUUUAGUCCUGAAGGCAGCAACUCUGACAUAGCAACAGGGUCCACAUUUUUUUUCUGUGUUAACUAAAGUGUUGAGUAUGAUGAACUAACAAUCCCUGUAUCACUGUCCCUACAAGAAUUUUUACUGUGAAUGUGCCACAUUUAACACUUGGAAAUAAAAGUACUUUUUACCUACUAUAUUGUAGAGUAUAGGGAAUGCAGUACAUUGGUGUAUUCCAGCAUAUAUUUGUAUAUGCACUGAAUUUGACGUGUUAUCUCAGUAUAGAGGCUAAGUAUUUCCAGAAAGAAAACUAAUAGAGCUUAUAAUUUCAUCAUGAGUGUGAGAACUUUCUCAGGAAAAUGACAAAGGUGCCUUGUCCUAGUGACCUAACCAACGGCUCACCUGUGGCCACCAUCACUGCAUAGGUUGUUAUUUUCUACUACUGCAUUCUUUUUUCUUGUCACAUAUUCAUUUUUUUCCUAUUUGGCAAUUGGUUGCACUCUGACUCCAAAUAUAUAUAUAUUGCAAAACAUAGACUACUUAUGAAAAGCAUAUACAUAUUCCAUUUACAUCUUUGUGAAUGACUAAUUGGUUGAAGCUUUUCACUUUCAUGCAUUUACAUGCAAAACAUAGGACCUCUUGUGGUAUCCCUUCCAAAUAGUAUAUUUGAUCUUUUUCACUGAACUUAUCUACUUGCAAUGCAAAAGUAUGGUGGAACUAUUGCCCUGUCAUAAGUAAGUAAUACAAUGCUGCAUCAUCAGAAAGGUCCUCUGCUCUAGUUAGGAAACCUUGCUAAAUGUGCUCUUAACAUGUUUGAUACAGCUUGGGGCCAUCAUUGAGACAGCUGCAAGCUGACCAGAGUGGAUGGAGCACACCUAAGAUUGGGACUCCUUACAACAGUUGUUGGUUAUUAUGAAAUAUAUAUUUUAUCAAUUGUCAUAAUUUGCACAAUUCAUAGUGUACAUGUACAUGUUAAGGUUUUAAUAUGAAAAUUUUAAUUAAUCAUAAAAUUUAACCAACAAAAGUUUUAUGAACUUAAAUUCUGAUUAAGCCUUGUUGUUAGGUGUUGAAAUGUGCAGCUUGUCAUUGACUUGUGGUGCUUGCUUGAGGUCAGUUUUUGAUGGUGCAGUACUGUAUUGUCUAUUAGAUGUAAUAAAAGGGCUUCCAUCUUCAGUUGCAUUCCUCUUAUCCAUUAGAGUGUGAAAUCAGUGUUACAGUCCAUUGCUUCAUUUCCUUUUCUUCUAAAUUGCUCUAUUUUGUAGCAAAUGAGAUGCUUUCUGAAAUGUUGAAAAAUUUACUUGUAACUAAGAUAAUAGAGGCAUAUAUUUAGGUCAACAUAAUCAGAAUGAAAUCCUGACUCCAGAAACACCAUACAAAAGCCUUACAGUGAAACUAUAAGUGGUACUUGUGGCUGUCAGGAAUUUAAUUGCCUGCUUUGCCUCUACAGGCUAAUGAUGUACACGACCCAAAGUUUGUUCAGCAUGUUUCAUGUUGCACCACAAUGAAUAUGUAUUGGUUUUGUAUUAAUCACAUCCACAUACAGAGAUUGUGGUAUCAUUUGUGUAUGAUAUGAAGGAUUAGGAGCUCGAUACUGAGAACUGAGUAACAUUUGAAAAAAAACUGAUAUCUUAUAUGCCACAAAAUAUGGUAAGGUCAUUUUAGGUUACACAUAUUCUCUUUCAUCUUUCCAUCAGAGGAAGAAAGCCUGCUGUUGUAAAGUUUUGAAUCCCUCUUUACUUUCAUGUGGUAGCAAUGGCAACAACCACACUUGUCACCCAGUGCUUUCUAGGUGCAGAUAACACAUGUUAUGUGUACUGCCAACUUGAAAAUUAUGAAUUCUCAAAUAGUUAUGCUAAGAUUACAUUAAUGUUGUUCUUUAUGCCAGUUAAAUAACAAAAAUGGCCAUCUUUUAAAAAUAGUACAUAUUUAUCUAGUAUAAUAGAAAAAUCUGAAGAUGCUAAAGUUUAUAGAUAUAUUUUUCUUUUCAAUAAGCAAAUAAAUGUAAAUGAGUGACAGUAAUCAUCAUUUGAGAGCUUGAAUUUAACCAUUCAGUUACUAUAAAUACCCAAUGAUCAGUUCUUCAUCUGUCAAGGUACAGCCAAAUGCAGUGCUCCACACAACAGCCUGAAUAGCUUAGUAGCCAUUUGGUGCUGUGACUUGAAUGAAUGGCUAUAAUCGAUAACAAUUAGAGGUUGUGGAAAAGCAAAAGACUCGCCAUCCUUAGCCACACUAGCGACACUCAACAGUUACAAAUUUACGUAGAUAGGCAAACAUGCUUCAACAAUGGCAAAUUCUAACAUGCAAAAUGGGGCUACAGUAAUGUCAAUUAAUACAGAUUAGCAGCAACUUCACAUCUAGAAGAGCUUUGUGGCACUGAUGUGGAUGAGGGUGGUGAGUCUGUGCUGUGUCAGAGUGUAGUGAGAGGUAGACUGACUGUGGAGGCAACAACAAUGACUUUGGAUGGAUACUCUCCCUCUUUUCAUCCAUAGGACUAAUGUAUAUAGAUUUUUAUUUAAUGUGAAUGGUGCUUGGAAAUAUCUCUUUUUAAAAACAGUAGGAAAUAGUAGUUCCUUCCAUAUAAGGUUGUUCUCGUGGUCUGUGGGCUCUGUUUAGUGUUAUACUGUUUGGGUGUCAACUGCUGCCACUCUCUGUGGAUACUAUUGUUUUUACCUUUUUUAAAUCAUAAUUUUUCAAAAACUUGAUUCCCUUUUUUUCCUCAUUAUGUCAGCAGGUGCUAAACUUGAAUGUGAAUGUGAAAAAUGUCAGGCUGAAUAUUAUUUUGUUGAUGAUUAUUAAAAUAUUUUUUCCAA